UUGGACUGUGUGUGUGCAGAUGCUAAAGCUACUGCAGACGACACAAAAUCAUUCAUUCUCCUGCUGGCCGCACUUUUAUGAGGAAUUCAGGACUCACACAUGCGCCGCAAAGGAUCUUGGAGCAUCCCUAAUCUUUAAAAUCUCACUAAUUGCCUGUUGGCUGUGAGCAGGGAGGAAUUGGACGAUGUCGUAACACACAGAAUUACCCCAUAUGCCUCAUUGUACUGUAGUCACCAUAGUUACAACGAGGGCAGCGUUCUUGUUUUGUUGAUUGGCGGGUAUAUUUCUGGAAGAGUGGGGAUGCAGGCGGAUGCACUGAAACGAGUCCUGUCUGAGUUCUUCCAUCAAGUCAAUCGAGAUCAAAACGCAGUAGAAACGGUCUCAUUCAUACAUCAUACGCCUGUGACCGGGCUUCCUAUUGGCUGUUCAGAGGUGAUUGAAGUCCUUGUUGUGACUUGUGAUUGGUCAGUGUGGACUGAACCAGCAGGAACAGUAAAAGCCUUACAGGUGCAUGUGGUGCUAUCGUCCGUGAAGCAGCCAGAAAGUGUGUUGCAAUGGGUUCGAUUAAACCACAUUUCUCGAUUCGAUUCAUCCUUUCUUUCAAACAUCAGCACUGUAGAAACACUCUCUCAUUCAUCACUUCAACACCUCCUGAUGCUCAAGUCCAGUAGACAUGUGCAACUCAAUGGGCAUAUAUGCGUGUCUGGGUGUGUUUGCAGUGCUACAGAAUCUGUCUGA